AUGUGGUAAUUCUUCAAAAUGGUCGCUUUGUAUGGUUUGCCAACUUGCAUGUCUGUGUUUCAUAGUUCUUUGUUUUCGUAAUUGUUUCUUUAUUGCUUUAUUUAGACAAAAGUACACUUAAUUUAUCUGUUGUUUAAUUUAUAUAUUGACAUUAAUCACAUAAACGUAACUAGUGCUUUGCAAGAAAGAUGUCAUCGGUAAUGUGAGAGCUCUCGUCUAUCAUUUUUAUUUUACGGGAUUAUGACGUUUGUGAUUCCUAUUUGAUUUUAAGAAUAUAAAGUGUCUCAGUGUUACAAAACGAUUCAAUGUGCUAUGAAGAGAAACAAUGUUAGGAAACAGUGAACUGUGAAAAACAGAAGGACUCUACCUCUACAGUAUCUGUGACGAACGUUAUCACGGUGUAAUAGUAUUCAAGUGUGUGUAAAUGCAAAUUGUGCCCGCGGGUAUGUGUGGAUGGGUGGGUGUGCUCAUGUGAUGGGAGGGGUCGGGUGAGAGGUGAGGCGCUCGGGCGCGGGCGCCAUGAACCCGCCGGCGCCCGGCAAGACGGCCACGCGCUCCUCAGGUUACCACCAGAAAGCGCUCGCCGAAAUUCGCAAUUCUCUACUACCAUUUGCUAAUAUUGGAAAUUCUGAGCCCCCUGGCUCAUCAGCUGCGAGUACUGUAAGUUCGGGAGUGAGCUCCGGUUUCAGUGCAUCGUCUGUCAAUGGGCUUGAUAAAGAUUUGAAUGUGCCCUCACAAUCUGUCAAUCAUCUCAUCGCUUUGGGAUAUGAUGAGGAUUUGGCACUAAGGGCUCUAAAAUAUACUGGAGGACGUUUAGAUGCUGCCCUUGACCAUUUAACAAAACAGCAGGAGCCAUUGAAUGGAGUUCUCAAGACAAGCAAUCUUAGUGCACUCAGCACAAAACUUAUAAGAAAACCCAGUUUAGAGCGCGAACUCAACCUUCAUAGAGGCAGCCCUGCCCUAGAUUCCGGUGCUGGAAGUUCUAGAUCCGAUAGUCCUAGGCAACCUGAUGCCCCACCACUGCCACAUGAGAAAUUAAGUCGACAAUACUCGCCAUCAGGUUUUUCUGAACCUCCUCCACCACCUCCGCCACGAUGUCCUUCAACGCCCCCUGUGCCAGCUGCAAUGCAGCAGUUAAUGAAGCGUAUGUCGCCAGCACCACCGUUACCCCCCGCGAGAGGCACAAGUCCAGUGGCCUCCGGAGCACCUACUCCUCCAGCACGGCAACCAAUGAUUGUACAAAACGGGCCACAAGUACAACAGCAGCUCAAUCAGCAGAUACAAGCUUUGAGCAUUUACCCUUCCGGGGCAGGCGGAGCAGAACUUCCACCCCCUUAUCCUCUUUCUGGAGUACCGCCACCCCCACCUUAUUCUGUUUCAAUACAAAAUCGACAAAGUCCGACACAGUCGCAAGAUUACAGAAAGAGUCCCUCAUCAGGUAUCUACUCGGGAGGUACCUCCGCCGGCUCGCCGAGCCCGAUUACGGUGACGCAAUCGACUGGCUCGGCAUCGGGUAUGACUCGCCCCACGCCUAUUCAGGCGUGGACAGCGAGACAAGCGGUUCAACCUCCCAUUAUAAUGCAAUCGGUAAAAAGUACACAAGUUCAAAAGCCUGUUCUGCAGACGGCCAUCGCGCCAGUUGCCCCACCGCCCGUCGCGAGCUCGGCAGCACAGCCGCCGCCACCCUCGUAUGCUAGCUCCAUCCAACAAAAACAACAAACUCAAACACCACCAAGUUACCCAUUAGCUCCGAAACCGUCUUCUCCUGGAUCUACUCCGCCAGUCAUAAUGACAGCAACCACACCCACCGUUCCCACCACUGAGCCUCCAAGUUACGCUAUAACUAUGCAAGCUCUCGCCGUGCAGAGAGGAAUGCACCCGAUACCCCCUCCACCAUAUGGUAAUCAAAACGACAAUACAACAACAGUCAAUUCCCACCACUCGCCGUUACAUAAAAAGUUUUCAAACAAUUGCGAUAUAAAGGGUGAAACGUCCCAAGGCCCAUUAGAAAUAAAAUGUCCCAAUCAAAACUGCACCAAUAAUCUCCUAAAGGAAACGACUGCUGCUUCCGGUUCCGAUAAGAGCUCGAACGGCUCUUCGGAACGGAGACCGAAAGUAGAGAAGAUACGACACCAGUCACCUAUUCCUGAACGUAAAAAUAUUAGUAAAGAAAAAGAGGAUGAGCGAAGGGACUGUAAAGUAAGGAAUUAUUCCCCACAGGCGUUUAAGUUCUUUAUGGAACAACAUGUCGAAAAUAUAUUGAAGUCGUACAAGCAGCGGACGUUCCGAAGAAUGCAGCUCGAAAAGGAAAUGACCAAAAUAGGCCUCAGCGCAGAAGCACAGUGCCAAAUGAGGAAGAUGCUUUCCCAAAAGGAAUCAAAUUACAUUAGGUUGAAAAGGGCAAAAAUGGAUAAGUCCAUGUUCACAAAAAUCAAGCCCAUCGGUGUGGGUGCAUUUGGGGAAGUGACACUUGUGAAGAAGAUUGAUACUAGUCAUCUAUAUGCCAUGAAGACACUUAGGAAAGCUGAUGUGUUGAAACGGAAUCAAGUGGCGCACGUUAAAGCUGAGAGGGAUAUUUUAGCGGAGGCCGAUAAUGAGUGGGUGGUCAAGUUAUACUAUAGUUUUCAAGAUAAGGACAACUUGUAUUUCGUCAUGGACUACAUACCGGGUGGAGAUUUAAUGUCAUUGUUGAUCAAGUUGGGUAUAUUCGAAGAGAACCUGGCACGAUUCUACAUAGCGGAGCUGACGUGUGCAGUGGAGAGUGUUCAUAAAAUGGGCUUCAUACAUAGAGACAUCAAGCCAGAUAAUAUACUCAUCGAUCGUGAUGGCCACAUCAAGCUCACAGAUUUCGGCUUAUGUACGGGUUUCAGGUGGACGCAUAAUUCUAAAUAUUACCAGCGGAAUGAUCACGGGCGGCAGGACUCUAUGGACCCAGUGGACGGGGAGUGGGGCGCGAUGGGCGAGUGCCGCUGUCAUCAGCUCAAGCCGCUGGAGAGGCGGCGGAGACGCGAGCACCAGCGAUGUUUGGCCCAUUCACUUGUUGGCACACCCAACUACAUCGCGCCUGAAGUACUGCAACGGACUGGAUAUACGCAGCUAUGCGACUGGUGGUCCGUGGGGGUCAUACUGUACGAGAUGCUCGUGGGUUCGCCGCCCUUCUUGGCACCUACGCCGGCGGAGACGCAACUCAAGGUGAUCAAUUGGGAAAGUACACUUCACAUUCCUGACGCGGCGAAAUUGUCUCGAGAGAGCAAGGAUUUAAUCCUCAAGUUGUGUUCUGGGCAAGAGACAAGGCUCGGCAACCACGCCAGCGAAGUGAAGAAUCAUCCCUUCCUGAAAAGUAUCGACUUUGAGAAAGGCUUGAGGAGACAGCCCGCACCACAUAUCCCAAGAAUCGAUUAUCCAACGGACACGUCCAACUUCGACCCAAUAGAUCCGGAAAAGCUUCGUAACUCUGGUAGUGCCGACUCGAACAAGUCUGACAGCGAACUACUCGACAAUGGCAAAACUUUCCACGGAUUCUUCGAGUUCACCUUCCGUAGGUUCUUCGAUGAUGGAUACACAAGUAAAAUCAAUCUCGACGACAAUGAAAAUCCAGGCGCCGUAUACGUGUGACGGUGGCCGCGGGCGCAGUGACACGGACACUAACUAACUUAUAGCUAUACAAUUGCAAAGUGUGUGACUCUCUCUAUUAAAACAUUAGUUUUCGUAAACAUAAUGAACGUAACAUUAUUUAAAAUUAAUUGAAAAAAAAAAUAAUUUUGUUAAUAAUCCCAGUGAUAAUGUUGUAAUAUUGUAUCGUUAUGUAUUUGUAAGGGUAAUCUUAUUUCAUUGUAAUAUAUGUAAGGAUGGAUCAGGAUAGUGCACUGAUGGCUCGAGUAAGGUCUGUACAGAGUGCGAACUUCACACAACUUACAGUUUAUAUAUAUAUAUAUAUAUAUAUAUAUAUAUAUAUAUAUAUAUAUAUAUAUAUAUAUAUAUAUUAUCAUGGGAAUGUAUCAUAAUAAUUAUGUGCUAUGUGCCAAAUUUCAUCUAAAUCUAUUAUGCCAUGAUAGAAUAAAAACUAUAUUAAUAUAAGUAAACAAACAUUCAUCAUCACAAUUAUAAUUAUAAGUUAUUUAAUAAUUAGUAUAAUAAUUAGCUAUUUAAAACUCUUGUUUAAUAAAAAAAUAAGCUUGUGUCUGCACUGCCAUAUGAUUUGUCGUUGUGAAUCGAUUCUAUCGAACGUAAUACUAUAUAUCAAUAUAUAAUACAACUCGUCCAUGUGUGUUCUGUUGCCAACUUCAUAUAUAAUUAGGUUUGUUAGUGGUAUUUACUAUCACUUGAGAAUUAGUCGCCAAUUUAAGAUUAAUGACUGUCUAACGAUCAGAUUUAAAUACAUAGCGUCGUGGUCUUAAGGGUUGGCAUUCACAAAUGUGGAACUUUGUGGAAAUUUAAAAUGUAUUUUUUUUUUAAAUCAGUGCAGACUCAUCUUACUUUGUAGCUCUGUACGGAUGUGUACUCGCGCGAUGGUGUGCGGUAAACUUGGUGCUGACGGGGCUCCCCCCGCGAUAUCUAGUGUUGUUCCAUUCAGUGUAUACUAUUUUUGUAACUAGAGAAAUUAUUUAUGAGAUAAGAGAAGCUUACAUGAAUUAGUGAAUGAUUUUGAUAUGAUCCAUGAUAUUUUCUUACGUAUUUAUCGAGGUAGGCCGUUUAUGUGUUUGUUUAUAUACUUGUAAAACGUAAUUUAUAAAGUCAUAUACAGUAACGGAGUACGCAGCGGCGCGUAUAAGCGUACGGCUCAUAACGUGUGCCUUGACAUAUGUAAACAUUUUUUUAUACAUUUACACGUAGAUAAAUUGUGUACAUAAAAUACGAAAUCGUAGAUCAGGUUUUUUUUUUUUAAUACGUUAUAUACAGUGCAAUAAUGGCAAUAAAUAUUUAUUAACACGAAUGAAACUCACGUUUACAUUGUUGACGCAUAUUUAGGGCGAAGCCACACGAGCGUAAUUUUGCGAUUUUUUUUUUACAUCGCGUAACGUAAAUGCGCUGUCACACGACAACGAACCAAUUUUAUGUUGUCGUGUGCCGUAAAUUACUUUCUGCUGCUUGAUAGCACGCGCCGUGUAGGCUAGAGAUUUUUGAUUUUUGACUCGUCUUUCUCUGGGGAAAAUAUUUGUUACAACACCCCCUAAAAAGAUGUUGAUUUCGUUUUCAUACAUGUAUAUAACUGAAGAGAGGAGGUCUUUUUAUUGGCCGCACUAAGCCUGCUGAUCAAGUAUUUUUAACACUACGCUUUAAUGAUCCAAGGUCGGGGGAUCGGAGUAAUACAUCACAAUUAUAGAAUUAAGCGUAAUUUACGCAACGGAAAAAUACUCUCGUUUGUACUCGCCUUUAUUUGGGUAAUUGACUGAUGUUUUAAUUGAUUUUAGUUAAUAUUUAUAAUUUAUGUCACAUGUCACACUUAGAGGUUCAAUCAGUCAUUUUUAAUAUUUUUAAAAUAAAUUAUUUAGUAUCUCUUUUUUUUUAUCACUAACAAAUGCCCAUAGUAAUGUGUAGUCAAAACAGUAACAUGCUAAUGAACAAAUGUGUGUGUGAUCGUUCAGCCAUACAUGAAGGUCUGUUGUGGCGUCCUAGACGCCGGUUCACAGUUGUACAGUGCGACAAAUAAGUCAUUAUUAUUUUUACAUUGAAUUUUGUGUUAUUGUAAAUUGUUUUAUUCAGAAAUGAAACAUGCUUAAUAAGGAGUAAAUGAAAAUAUGGGAAUUUU